AGUACAACCGUCUUCAACGAUAAAAACAUGGGCGACCAGGUUCAACGAAGAUUGCAAAAACCUCAAGGAAAAGACAGUUCUUCUUCGAACAGGAAGGCUAUCUACGUUGAGAGAAGAGAGAAACCAACAAAUGAAAUAGGUGACAACGUCAGCCGACGGUCAAACAGGUUGGGUCUGUACACGGAUCCCGACGACGAAAGAAGGCCGUUGUUAGGCAACGAAAUAGUGCAGGAGAUUAUCCAGCAGGGGCGGAAAAUGGAAGCCAAGACACAAAACGCCGUGUCACGAGCAGAAAAUCUUCAAAGCGUAGCUAUCGAGAUGUUUAAGCCGAUAUCACAUCAAAAGUCAAAGUGCUGUAGCUGCUGCGUCAUUCUCUGAGGACACGCAAUUCAGUGAGCCUCGUUCUGGGAAAACUGGGCUUCAUUCGUAUUCGCAAAGUGCCGACCAGACUAGUGCAGUCCGGAUGACACUUGACAUGAAUUAAAAAUUUCCCAGAACGCGACUAAAUUGAGGGCAUUUAACCGAUCGAGAACCAUUCCAUACAAAGAUUUCACCACGCCUCGUCUAUGGCGUGUCAAACGUUGCUUAAUUCAAUGUGUGCAUAUAUGUAUGUUGUAUAUUUGUGUAUAUUUUUUCUUUACUUACAUGAUCAUGUGGUUAGCAUGUGUAUAUAUGUUAUAUAAAGCCAUAUAUGUUUAUGAUAAAAUCCUAUACAUGUACGAAAAAUGUGUGUUGUACAAUUUCAUGCAUGUGUUCGAUAUUUUCAUUUAUGUGUUGUAAAACACGGUCAGGUAACUAAGGCAACACUAAUGCCAAAGCCUUAAUUGUCGUAUUAUUUAACUUCCAACUGUAAAAGCAUUGCUUUGAAAAUAUAUUGAUGCGCCCCACUUUUUGUUCAAUGAUAUUCUGAAUAUUAAUAUAUGUUUAAUAAAUUAUACUAUUUAUGUAGUAAAUGAA